UAUUUUUUUGCGCCAACGCGCCAACGUGUAGGUAAUUUUUAGUAAUUUUAUGUAUUAUUCAUGAAGAAAAGGAAAAUAUAAAAGAUUGAUGUAUAAAUCAUAAAUGAUAAAAGUGAGAUAAGUAUAGUUUAAGUCAACUCGAUCAUGGAAUCUGGUGAAACAUUUUUAUCAUGUGCCGCAACUGUGGAAUGGAUGACUGCGCAAGGAUCUGUUACAAGAAAAAUAAAUUUAAAAACUGCAUCGCUACGAUUAAUACGGAACGAAUUUCGAGAAAUGUUUAUGGAAAUAAGUAGCGACAAACAAGCGGCUACUAGAUUAGCCCUGAAAGGAAUCAAUGUAUUUAAGAAAUUUAUGGCCGAAGGCAAAGCAAGUAUAAAGUUUCAAGAAGCUGGUUGCACGGUAUUUAUCUCAAACGCGCCGCCGACAAAUCUUGUUUCUUUCCUCCGCACGAUAUUUGUCAAAAUGACUGGUGAUAGAGAUCAAUCUAUUAACAAGACACCAUCAAAACAGACUGUUCGAGCUAAAUUAUUAAGUGGCAAGGCUCAAGCCUUCGAAGAAAUAAGUCCUGUUACGGUAGCCGACUUAUGUAAUGCUAAGAACAAAAUCAGUAAAUCAUCAACAACAACACCCUCUCCUCCCACAAAGAAAAGAAAACAAGAGGAUGUAGCCCGUGGGCCUGCACCGAAAAAAUUGUAUUCCCCAUCUCCGUUAACUACAGCCAGUACUUUAAAUCCUGAACAAAAGAGGGUUUUAGAAGCUUGCCUCGGAGGCAAGAAUAUAUUCUUUACAGGAUCAGCAGGAACAGGGAAGAGUUAUUUAUUAAAGAGAAUUGUAGCAGCCUUGCCACCAGAUGUUACUAUGCCUACUGCAUCCACGGGUGUAGCUGCUUGCCAUAUAGGUGGAACAACCUUGCAUGCUUUUGCUGGAAUAGGAGAUGGGAGUGGGACAAUAGAAAAGUUAUGUGAAAAAGCCUUAAAGUUGCCUUUGGUGGCACAGAAGUGGAGAAAAUGCAAACAUCUCAUUAUUGACGAAAUAUCCAUGGUGGAUGGAGCAUAUUUUGAGAAAUUAGAAGCAGUAGCCAGACAUGUCAGAAAAAAUGAUAAGCCUUUUGGAGGAAUCCAGCUUAUCCUAUGUGGAGAUUUCCUACAGCUACCUCCUGUUGUAGAUAAAACAAAAACGGGGAAGAGAUUUUGUUUUCAGACUUCAUGUUGGGAGAAUUGUAUAGAUCUAUGUUUUGAACUAAAAGAAGUACACAGACAGACAGACCAAGAAUUUAUAUCAAUACUGAAUAGUAUAAGAAUAGGACGUGUAACAAAAGAAAUAAGCGAGCGUCUUGUUCAAACUGCAAGGCAGAAGAUAGAAAGUGAUGGUAUUCUUGCAACUAGAUUGUGUUCUCAUACAAAUGACUCGAAAAUGAUUAACAAUUCAAAAUUACGUGAUUUAGAAGGAGAAGAAAAAGUAUAUUCAGCACAAGAUAGUGAUAAUGCAACAAGCCUACUAGACAUGCAAACAAUUGCUCCUACUAAAUUAGUUUUGAAAAUAGGUGCUCAAGUCAUGUUAUUAAAAAAUAUUAAUGUAAAUGCUGGAUUAGUAAAUGGGGCGAGGGGGGUAGUAGUAAAAUUUGAUGAAGGUUUACCAGUAGUUAGAUUUAAAAAUAAAAAGGAAUAUACUGCAAAAACAGAGAGGUGGUAUGUGAAAAAUGCAAAUGGAUCUCUUUUAUGUAGAAGACAAGUACCUCUGAAUUUGGCUUGGGCAUUCUCUAUACAUAAGUCACAAGGGCUAACGUUGGAUUGUGUUGAAAUGUCAUUGUCUAAAAUCUUUGAGGCUGGACAAGCCUAUGUAGCUCUAAGUAGAGCACAAAGUUUAAACACCUUACGAGUAUUAGAUUUUGACUCGAGACAUGUCUGGGCUGACCCUAAUGUUUUAGAAUUUUACCAGAAAUUCAGACGAAGGCUUCAACAAAUGGAACUAAUACCUUUGGGCAGACCAUUAUCAGAUAAAACUAAUCGAAAAGGAAAAUUAAGGGAUAUCAUAGAAAAACAACUAAGAAGAAAGUAAUUAUAAGACUGAUAUUAGGCUAAUUUACCAUAGAUUAAUUUUGCUAUUAUUUAUUUUUGACAUUCAGAGACUGGGUAUAUAGGAUUUAAAUAAAUUUUCUUUAAA